CCCCCAGGGCGCCGCGCGCACCUCUGACCUCAUAAGGGAGAGUCGGAAACCCGUAGUCCGUUCCCCAUGGAAACGCGCCAGAAACGCCGCUGAGCCCCGUCAGGUGUUCCCGGGAGAGGAGGCUGGGCGAGGAAACUAGAGCGAAGGAAGUUUGGGGAAGUCCUGGCAAGGGACAAGAAAUGAAUGAAGAAAGAGGAGGCUCCAGGACCUAGCCAGUGUCAUUUCUGGAGCACUUUCGACUGGCGGCUCGAUUUCCAACUAGAAGUUUAGGGCCUCUCCAGAAGAGACAAAGACAGACUAUUCCAGUUCCUGGCCAUUUCUCAGAACAGAAGAAAAUGAUCAAUGCCCAGGAAUCGCUGACUCUGGAGGACGUGGCCGUGGACUUCUCCCGGGAGGAGUGGCAGCUCCUGGGCCCCGCCCAGAAGGACCUGUACCGGGACGUGAUGCUGGAGAACUACAGGAACCUGGUGUCGCUGGGGUAUCAAGCCAGCACACCAGACGCGCUCUGCAUGCUGGAACGAGGGGAAGGACCGUGGGCGACGGGAGAGGCGGUGCGCGGAGGAGCCCGUCCAGAAACUAGGAAAGUUGAUAAUCACCUGCAGGGUCACUGGGGAGAUCAAAGAAUGCUGAAAGGUAUGGAACUGUACCCCGAACACCACGCAUUUGGAAAUACCGUUCCUCAAAGCAGAAGUCAUUUUCCUUUCAAGGAAAAUCAUAUGUUUGAGUUCUGUAUAAAAACUUUGAAAUCAAAUUUAAGUUUAACCAAUCAGAGAAAAAUCUAUGAAAUUAAGAGCUCUACUAAAGUCAAUGGAAAUGAGAAAUCAUUUCUGCAUGGUAAGCAUGAAGAUUUUCAUUCUGUGGUUAAAUUCCCUGUAAAUGCAAAACCCGUCAGCAACAAGUUCCAAGUCACUAGGCAUCCGAGAACUCGUGAAAUGGAGAAAGCCCACGUGUGUGGUGAAUGUGGAAAAGGCUUCAUUAAGAAGUCUCAGCUGACAGAUCAUCACAGAGUUCAUACAGGAGAGAAACCUUAUGGGUGCAAUAUUUGUGCAAAAGUUUUCUCCAGAAAGUCCAGGCUCAAUGAACAUCAGAGAAUUCAUAAAAGAGAGAAAUCCUUUAUAUGCAAUGAUUGUGGAAAGGUCUUUACCAUGAAGAGCCGUCUAAUUGAACACCAGCGAACUCACACCGGAGAGAAACCCUACGUAUGCAGCGAGUGUGGCAAAGGUUUCCCAGGGAAGCGUAAUCUCAUUGUGCACCAGCGAAAUCAUACUGGAGAGAAGUGCUAUGUGUGCAGUGAAUGCGGAAAAGGCUUCACUGGGAAGAGCAUGCUCAUCAUACACCAGCGAACUCACACCGGGGAGAAACCCUACAUCUGCAGCGAAUGUGGGAAAGGCUUCACCACGAAGCACUAUGUCAUCAUACAUCAGCGGAAUCACACAGGGGAGAAACCCUACCUAUGCAAUGAAUGUGGGAAAGGCUUCACCAUGAAGAGUCGACUGAUUGAACAUCAGCGAACUCACACCGGAGAGAAACCCUAUGUAUGUGAUGAAUGUGGAAAAGGCUUUCCCAGGAAGAGUAAUCUCAUUGUGCAUCAGAGAAAUCAUACGGUAGAGAAGUCCUAUGUGUGCAGUGAAUGCGGAAAAGGCUUCACUGUGAAGAGCAUGCUGAUCAUACACCAGCGAACUCACACCGGGGAGAAGCCCUACAUCUGCAGUGAAUGUGGGAAAGGCUUCCCCUUGAAGAGUCGGCUGGUCGUACAUCAGCGAACACAUACUGGAGAGAAACCUUACAGAUGCAGUGAAUGUGGGAAAGGUUUCAUUGUGAAUAGUGGGCUGAUGUUACACCAGCGAACUCACACUGGAGAGAAACCCUAUAUAUGCAAUAAAUGUGGGAAAGGCUUUGCCUUCAAGAGCAAUCUUGUGGUACACCAGCGAACUCAUACUGGAGAGAAACCCUUCAUGUGCAGUGAGUGUGGAAAAGGAUUCACCAUGAAACGCUAUCUCAUUGUACAUCAGCAAAUCCAUACAGGAGAGAAAUCCUAUGUCUGCAGCGAAUGUGGUAAAGCCUUUGCUGUGGAAACCGAGCUCAUUUUACAUCAGCAAAUUCAUACUGGAGAGAAACCUUAUGCAUGCAAUGAAUGUGGGAAAGGCUUCGCUGUGAAAAGCCGUCUAACCGUUCAUCAACGAACGCAUACAGGAGAGAAACCUUUUAUAUGCAGUGAAUGUGGAAAAGCGUUCUCCUCAAAGAGAAAUCUUAUUGUACAUCAGAGAACUCAUAUUGGAAACAAACCCUAAUGAUACAGCGAACAGAAAUCCUACACGUGUGGUGAGUGUGGAAAAGGCUUCACCAUGAAGCGCUAUCUGAUUGCACAUCAGCGAACGCAUAGUGGAGAGAAGCCUUAUGUCUGUGAUGAAUGUGGAAAAGGCUUCACCGUGAAGAGCAACCUCAUUGUGCAUCAGCGAACUCACACAGGGGAGAAACCCUAUAUAUGCACUGAAUGUGGCAAAGGCUUCACCAUGAAGCGCUAUCUUGUUGUACAUCAGCGAACUCACACUGGAGAGAAACCCUAUAUAUGCAGUGAAUGUGGGAAAGGCUUCACCGUGAAGAGUAAUCUCAUUGUGCAUCAGCGAUCUCAUACUGGGGAAAAAUCUUACAUGUGCCCUGAAUGUGGAAAAGGCUUCACCACAAAGCGCACCCUCAUUAUCCAUCAACGAACUCACACAGGAGAGAAAUCUUACUUAUGUAAUGAAUGUGGAAAAGGCUUCACCACAAAGCGCACCCUCAUUAUCCAUCAGCGAACUCAUACAGGAGAGAAACCCUAUGAAUGCAGGGAGUGUGGUAAAGCUUUCAGCCAGAAGAUCUGCCUCAUACAACAUGAGAGAUGUCAUACAGGAAAGACUCCCUUUGUGUGUACUGAGUGUGGCAAAUCCUAUUCUCACAAAUACGGUCUCAUUACCCAUCAGAGAAUUCACACGGGGGAGAAACCCUAUGAGUGUAGGGAAUGCGGGAAAGCCUUCACCACAAAGUCAGUACUCAACGUCCAUCAAAGAACUCACACAGGAGAGCGACCGUAUGGAUGCAGUGAUUGUGAGAAAACCUUCUCCCACCUGUCAAACCUUGUUAAACAUAAGAAAAUGCACAUGAGAGAAAUGGUAGAUUCAGUCAAGUUGGAAAUUCCUUUAGCACAGUCACAUCUCAUUAUGAGUGAACCCCUGUAAAACAAAAACUCUUUGAAUGUGAUUGUGGAAAUGCCUUCUGUGGCCACCAAGACUUCGUUAAACAUUAGUGUUGCCAGCGGAUUGGAAUGUAACUGGGGUCCUGCCUGUUGUCAUAUGUGUGCCUUGAGAUUAAAGAACCUGUCCAGGAGGUGAUAAACCUGGUGAAUACAGUGGAUGUAGUGCCUUCUGUGA